AGCCGAUGCGAGACAUUCCCCAAGAUUCGGCGACUUCGAUAGCUUCGAUAAGGAAAUAACGAUAAUAACAAAGUUUCUCUACGAAGAGGGAGGUCAACGCACGAAUCUGAACCUCGCGUUCAUCCAGAGUCUUUCACGAGGACCAUGAAGUUCAUAAGCUACGUGUCGGACAGCGUGACGGACAACUUCGUGACCCGGACCCUGCGCGGUUACUCGAAGGGACCCGGUGGAUCAUCGCCGCCAGCCUCCGUCCUCGCGAGCGAAUCCACGCCCCCUGCAUGGGCCAAGCACCUGGUCCGAACCGGCGGCCUCUGCGUGCGCCUGGCAGGAGUCUCCGGGGCCCUGGCCGUCGCCCUUGGGGCUUACGGCGCGCACGUGCUCUUCAAGAAAGACGAUGUUCCCGAAGAGCUAAAGGAGGCCUUCGACAGAGCCAACCACUAUCACCUGCUGCACACGCUGGCACUUCUGGCGACGCCCCUCACACGGAGACCCGGACUGGUGGGUAGCCUGCUGACAGCCGGAAUGACACUCUUCUGUGGGUCGUGCUACAUCCAUGCGCUCACUGGCAAUGAGCAAAUCAAGAUGGCCGCUCCCUUCGGAGGCACGGUGCUCAUCCUUGCCUGGCUCUCCAUGCUGCUCUGACCGCACAGCCACUUUUAGGGCAAUUCCUCUCGCAAGCUGACAACCUGCUGCCGUGAGGCUGCAACUGCACGAAGAAAAAGUAAUAAUAAAGAAAGCUUUCACUAUUGUAACUGCAUGAACAUAAGAAAUGUAAUAAAGACAACUUUAUCUAUUGAUUA